AUGGACCGUCGGCCAUCCUUCAGAAAGGCCGUUCUUUUGGCUCUCCUUGCUCAGGCCGUUUUGUCCUCGCCCGUACUGGGGCAAGAUGGGAAUGACGGUUCGCCCGACCCGAGCACGGAAUGCACCGCCUACACGCUCCCUCUCGUCCAGAGCAACCUCGGCUCGUUUCCAGCAAUCGGGAAGCAGGCGUCAAUUGUUGCUAAUGAUACUGUAGCGAAAAGUAAAUGGACUGAGAUUUCCGGUAAAGUCCUCGGGACUGAACCUAAGCCGGCGAUGGGGUCGACGACUGGUUAUAGUACCUCAGAUCCCGAUUGUUGGUGGACGUAUGGCCAGUGUACAACCCCCAAAGCGGCGGGUCUCACCCCUGACGUCGUUGACGUACCUGAGCCAUCGACUAUGGGGUAUGGUUUUGAUGAUGGCCCUUAUUGCAACCAUAAUGGCUUUUACGACUUUUUGAAAAGUUCAAAUCAGAAAGCUACGAUGUACUUCAUUGGAAGCAAUGUGAUCCAGUGGCCGAAGGAGGCUCAGCGGGCAUUGACGGAUGGGCAUGAGUUGUGUGUCCGUACGUUCAACCCCUGA